CUGAACGUCGCCUGAGGAACUGAGCAGAUCGCUCAAAGGCACGAGAGGUACAAUUCUUCAAGGAGGGCAGUGCUCUUCAUUUGUGGCAUUUUGGGACAAUGCACCAAAGACCCGUUGGCUACAUUUUCCGACCAAAACUUAUCAACACCCAACGCCCAACUUCCUCCCUCAAACAUGGUAUUAUCCCUAAUACUUCUCGCCACCUAACUCAACGCCUCCUCUCCCUCAACCCAAAAUCCAAUCUACCACCAUCUCGCAUCAAUCGCCCUCCUGAUCUGCGAGACAGUACUCUCAGGCGUCGUCGUCACCGGAACAGGUUCUCCACCCUGAAUCUCAGUCCACACGGUCCCACCCGGCGUCACUUUAGUAUUCAGCAUCUGCGCCAUUCGGGGCAAGAUCUGGGUUCCCUCGAGUUGUGUCCAGAUACUCGUCUCGCCAACCUUCGUGCUGAGCAUUUGUGGCGUGGGCAUCGGUCUUGCCACGACGAGGGAAAGCAACAUCGAAGCUACGACGAUGAGGGGCCUGGUGGGAAGCAUGUUUGCGAUGUAUCGAGUUGCGUUUUUUUGGCAGAGCAACAAGUGAGAUUAUAUGUACCGCUUAUGGAAUUGAUCUCAAUGUCGAAGAAGAGAUGAAGAAAUGAAUUCGUCCCAAGAAUCAGACGAACUAUUAAUCAUAUAUGAACGAGAGCCCAAAACAGGCCACGUUGAAUUAUAUUUAGGCAUUUUCAACACUAUAACUCUAUUUCUCGGAACGUGAUGCCUCGGAGAUAUUUUGUUGGUGUCCGCGCGAAAUAGCCUGAAACGGAACAAAUAUGGAUAGACGGCUGUACAAACCCAAUUCUCUAUUUUGUGAGGGCAACUUCUUGAUUUGGGAUACGGAGAUUGGAAGGCUUCUUCCAUAGUAGAUUGGAACUUUCACAAUGCGGAGUGAGUGCCUUCUGCACAUACAUGCAAUUGAUGAGGGGUCGUUGGUGUAGCCACACGUGAUGCGAGAGUGGAAUUGCCAGCAAGAUUGACACUUAGGGUUAGAGCUUGCGGAGAACUAAUCGCGGUUAUUGCAUAAU